CACACAAAAAAGUCGACUUCGACUUUUGAUCACUGCGCUUUGGUUGGAUUUUCUUGUGAUUUGCGGCAUUUGCAAUUUUUGGAAGGCUUGUUGUGUUGAGGAUAGAGGCAAACGAACCGGUGAAGUUUAACAUUUUCCACUUGAGAAUGUCGACAGAUUUACCCAGCAGUUUAUCCGAGGAAGCCAGCAUAUCAUCCACCAGCAACGAGAUUGAGUCUCAAAAAUCAUCAGAUUUGAAAAACGACAAAACUUUUUCCCGUUACCGUUCCUUGAUAGUUGUCGAGUGCGGUGGAUUGAAAAUUACAACCAACGAAGCAAACCUAAAGCGAAUGCAAAAUCUUCGCAGAGAAUUGAAUUAUUUGAACGAGACCGAGUGGAUGUAUGAGCCGGUUGAUAAGAAAACGCCAUAA